CGCAUGCAACUUUUGGUUGCCGAAACUAAAAUAUCUACGUUCAUCAUAUCCGCAGGAAAAAUAUCUACGUCCACGUUUCGCCGUACUACCAUUCUUCCCGAACUUUCCAGCAUUUGCCGAAACCUGCAAGACUUUCUUUUUCGCAGAUAUUUUUAGAGUUUCUAGAGCCCCAACUUCUGCAACCGCCAUUAACCUUUAUAAAUGCACCUAGGGUUCCUUUUUUUUCGUUCGCUGUCGUUAGCAAUGAGUUCUUGUUUGUGACUGCACUCGUCUGUUUUGUUGAUUGAAGCAAUUCUAUGCUCUUUGCAUUUUGGUGGUUGUCUGUGUUCGAUGGUUCGGGGUUGAUUGCAUUCGGUGAUAUUGAUGGACGCUGAUUCUGACGCAGUAAGCUGCUCAUCAUCAUACUACAGCAUUCUCGGUGUCGAUUCGGAUUCUUCUCUUGAAGAAAUAAGGCGCGCUUAUCGUAAGCUGGCAAUGCGAUGGCAUCCGGAUAGGUGGACAAGGACACCUUCUCUACUGGGUGAGGCAAAACGAAAGUUCCAGCAAAUCCAGGAAGCCUAUUCAGUAUUAUCGGACCAAAGCAAAAGAACGAUGUACGAUGCAGGCUUGUACGAUCCCCAAGAAGAAGAGGAUGAGGGGUUUUAUGAUUUUGUGCAAGAACUGAAGACGCAAGUGAGCAGAGAGGAACGGGUAUACAGUAUAGAGGAGUUGCAGAGCAUGCUAAUGGAAAUGGUUCAAGGAUUCGAGGAUUCUUCAUGGCAUUUCGGAACCUCACCGGUCGAAGAGGAAAGCCAGUGCUCAAAGAGGGCCCGGCGGGAUUCGAAGGCCAAUGUAGGGUCACAUUUUCAGGAGCCUGGGUUUCAUUUCUAUGAAACGAGGGGUUACUGUAGCUAGGCUUUUGUUUUGGUUUAGUGAUCAAAAAUAAGUUUUUGCAACUUGCCAGAACCUACUCGGGUGAGCGGAUGUUAUUAGUAAGUGGUGGUGUUGGUGUUGGUUUUUGUUUCGGGAUGUAACUGGGCUUUGUACGUCGUAAAAGAUGGGCUUCGGAACUGGACAGCUUUUGUGGGCUUGUCCAAAAUUAUGUUGAUAUGGGCUAGUCCACUAUGUCCUUGGCUUGAAGUGAGGUCUCAGUUAAAGAUAAAAAAUGCAAAAUUAUGAAAUGGAGUGUGGGAAUAGCCAGAGACAGUGAGCUUUUGUUGAAUAUGAACAGGAUGUGUGAACCGAAGGAGAGAGAGUAGAGCAGGGAAGGUGUAAGGAAGGAGGGUGGCCGGGGGGGGGGGGGUCGUGUGAGUUGUAUUGUAUAUAUUAUUAUUGCAGAUGGCAUUCAUCAUACCCUCCACUCUCUGAAUUAUUUACAUCCUGACAACGAUUGAUGUGUUUGUGUCAAACUUCUAUCCUCAUCUCAAUUAUUUUUCUGGUUCGCCUUUGUUUAACGUUUCAUUUCAUGACCAUCCUUGCUUUCACCUAACCUGUCGCGUUCCCUGUUGACCUCUCGAAAUUUAUAAUCCUCUUUAGUCUUCUCAGGAUACCCCAAAAAAAAAAAAAAAAGAAAGAGAGAGA